UAAAUGGGCAAUAAUUCAUCACAAAUUGGCAAUGGAUAUGGAUACAGAAUCAUAUCCAUCGAACCCAAUUCAUUUGGGUCAAACCUCAGUAUAAAUCUUCCUAAAACAUUAUAGAUUUGGAAAUCUUUCUAGAUUAUAUAGUCCAGAUAAAAUCAGAUUCCUAAGUGAAUGCUCUCAAAUUACUCGAAAGUGAUGAGCCAAUAGAGUUGUCUAUCUUGAACAUUUUUUCUAUGGAAACCAGAAAAAUUUACAUUUCUGAGCCUCGAUCCACAAUUAAAUUGGGUCUUUACAUCAGAUACGAAUCAAUAAAUCCUUUGAUUCUUCACAUUACCAAGGUAUUAAAGGGUAGUCCUGCAGAAUCAAGUGGACUAAAAAGCAAUCAAGAUUAUCUACUAGGAGUUAAAUCUCAUAGAUGCUAAACAAUUGAUGAAUUCUCAGAUAUUGUAACAGGAUAAGCAUAUUCUAAAUAAUCAAUUGAAGUAAUCAUUAUAUCCAUCAUUAAGCUCUGCAUAUUUUCUCCAUUAACAAAAAAGUCACCAAGAGUUGUUGUAUUAGAACCUAAAUUCAAUUGGGGAGGACCAGGAGCUUUAGGAUGUGAAUUUGCAUCAGGAGCUUUGCACUCUUUCAAUUUUUCAUAGUUGAUUAAGCCUCAAGAAGGUGAUGAGAAUAGAGAAGUUCAAAACCACGAAGACAAUUAAUAAUUACAAAAUGAGGAAUAAAAAUAAAAAUAAUAAUCUGAAAAUCGAGUAUAAAAUGAAAUCAUAUUAAAUAAUUAAGAAGAUUAAUAGGUGGAACUUAACAAAUCAAUUUCAUUAGAUAAAAUUAAUGAUGCUUAAGAACAUUCCAUUGAUAAAGCAUUAAGUUUGAGUUGUUCAUAAAGUAAUUAAUAUUAUUAAUAUUAUUAAUAGUAAGUGAAUCAAAGUAGAAUACCAAAUCAUCAGUACAACAAGAAAAUUAAUAAGGUGUUGAUUAACAAUAAAUAAUCAGUUAGGUUGAGAUGAAGAAUUCUUAAUAGAUUGAUGAAAGCAGUAUUUUGGCUGAUUUAGAUAAUCAAUAGAAGCAACAAUAAAAUUUUGAAUAGAUCCAAUCUGAUAUUUUAUUGCCUGAAACACCCACUAAUUUUGGAAUUUCAUAGUAAGAUACUUAAUUUGAAAAUGGAAUUGAUGAAGUAUAUUAAAUUCUAUAUUUCAGUAAGGAGAGGUAACUAAAUUCAAGGGAGUGCUGAGAUUUUAGAAGGAAGGAUAAGAACCCUAUUUAGAAAAGGAGGAGGUCAAACAAAUAGAUCACUUAAAUAGUUCUUUCUAGUUAAAAAAUGCAUCGUCAGACUAUUCUCAUUUGGAGUAGAAUAAAAAUGAAAUACAAGGUAAAUCAAUUUAAUAUGUCUAAGUCUAACCUUAGUCAACUGUCUCUCAAUAGGACAAUGAAUCAAAGAAUGUGGUUGUGAAAUAUGUGAACUAAUUAGUAUUCAAAUCUCCAAAGAGGGAAUAAAUGUAUGUAGUCGAUAAAAAACUGUUGUUUGAUAUCUAAUUUGAAGUGCCAAAAUAUUAUGUAAAUAUUUAUUGA